GGUAGCAAAGAGGGGGAAUUAAGGGUUGGUGGUCUGCUUCAUGUUAGGAGGACACCCCUCCAUCUGUUCACAGUCCAGCCUGUUUCCAAUUUAAAGCCCGGAUUUCCAUACAAACUGCAAUUUCUUUUCCACAUUUUAAAUGCAAAACCAAGCUUGUGAAUCACAGUGUGUUUCUGCUGCUGGGAUUCAGACCAAAUUUCCCCCCAAAUUUUUCAGGCUCUUUGCCUGAAUACCUGCUUACAGUGAGGGGCACAAUGGGCAGCUUUGAGAAGAAAAAUUGAUAAUCUUCACGGAAGAGUAAUUUGAAUGAAAUUACACUUGACAGCCUGUCGCCAAGCAAACAAGAGGCGCGAGGGAGCCUUAGCUAAGCUCCGAGGACUUACUUGAGCCACUGCUGUUGGAGCUUCCCAGGGAAAAAAAUCACCAGUUUUUCCAACAUCUAAUUGAGCUUUUAAUUAAUUCAGUGUACCAGAUUUGACUGAAGAAAGGUAGCCAUGGAAGAGAAUAUGGAAGAGGGACAGACACAAAAAGGGUGUUUUGAGUGCUGCAUUAAAUGCCUGGGAGGCAUUCCCUAUGCUUCUCUGAUUGCCACCAUCCUGCUCUAUGCUGGAGUUGCCCUGUUCUGUGGCUGUGGCCAUGAAGCACUGUCCGGAACUGUCAACAUCCUACAAACCUACUUUGAAAUGGCAAGAACUGCUGGAGAUACCCUGGAUGUCUUUACCAUGAUUGACAUCUUUAAGUAUGUGAUCUAUGGCAUUGCAGCUGCAUUCUUUGUAUAUGGCAUUUUGCUGAUGGUGGAAGGUUUCUUCACAACUGGGGCCAUCAAAGAUCUUUAUGGGGACUUCAAAAUCACCACUUGCGGAAGAUGUGUGAGCGCCUGGUUUAUUAUGCUGACAUACCUCUUCAUGUUGGCCUGGCUGGGAGUCACUGCUUUCACUUCAUUGCCAGUUUACAUGUACUUCAAUCUGUGGACCAUCUGCCGAAACACCACCUUAGUGGAGGGAGCCAAUCUCUGCUUGGAUCUUCGUCAGUUUGGGAUUGUGACAAUUGGAGAGGAAAAGAAAAUUUGCACUGUCUCUGAGAAUUUCCUGAGGAUGUGUGAGUCCACUGAGCUGAACAUGACCUUCCAUUUGUUCAUUGUGGCACUUGCUGGAUCUGGGGCAGCAGUUAUUGCUAUGGUUCACUACCUUAUGGUGCUGUCUGCCAACUGGGCAUAUGUGAAAGAUGCUUGCCGAAUGCAGAAGUAUGAGGACAUCAAAUCGAAGGAGGAGCAAGAACUUCAUGACAUCCACUCUACUCGCUCCAAAGAGCGACUCAAUGCAUACACAUAAAUCCAUUUUUCAAGUCCUUCCUACCAUCCGAAUGCAUUGGUGUUUAAUUAAGGGCCAUCCAACCAUCCAACCAUUUUGAAAACAAAUGAAAGUGCUUCUCAUCAAUGAUAGAAAGGGUGACUUAAGAAUCACCUGAAUACAAUUCUUUGUUGUUAAGCACUCAUAUUUCCUAAUUUGUUAAAUCAGUAUAGUCAGAUCUCUUCUACAAGCUCCUAUCCAGCCUUUUUUGUUUCUUUUAAUUUCUAAAACCCAUUUAGUAGUUCAUAAGAUCAAAACUACUAACACUGUAACAGUCAAGAUUUGGUUGACUUGUAAUGACUUCCUACAUGUCACACAUAAUAUCUAUUUCGUUAUUUCCUUUUUUGUUUGUUUUGAACAGAAAGAAAAGUAGGGUUUUUUUUUUAAUACUUUUUAGUUUUGAUUUCAGUAACUAGUUGAACUACAGGUAACCUUCAAAGGGACCAGUGUACAUUAUGAACAACCAAGAUACUAUCAUUCUGACUUCUGAAAAUAUGGAGAUCUUGUCCGGAAAUCAUUGGCCAGAUCACUGUCAGCCCUGGUUAAUGUUUUCAUCAAUCUAAGGUGCAAUUUCUAAAUUUGUAAGAGUAGGUUAAAAAAAAGUGCUUCUUAUCUUUGUUAACAGUUUUUUUUUGUUGUUGAUGUACUUCAAAGGUAUUUCUCUCUGAUGACUCAUGUUUAUAUUGUGAGCAUGUAGAAACAGUGAUGCUAAUGCAUGGCUAACUACCUUUUUAAGGUUGUGAUACCAGGCUUACCUUUUACAUUAUAGUCUAGAGGCCGUUUUAACAGAAUUUAAUUAUGAUGGACUCUUGGAGAAUGAUUUCUUUGUGAUUAAGCAGUGGCUGGAUUGGAACUUUGACUAUGCUAAUGUGGGACAUUAAUUACCUUUAUGAAGGUGGUAUAUUAAGCACACUAAACCCUGGGAAGUUGUUUUACCUACUUAAAAGUUUGAUUGGAUUGCACCUCUGUAAAGUAUCCCCCAAAAUGUGUAUGAUAUAUUUGAAAAGGCUUCCAUUAAUAUAAUAGCUUUGCUUGCAGCCUUCCAAUCUAUGUUGGUUUACCUGUAGUGUUUUUUAAAGUGUGGUCAGAAGCCACAGUAGAAUGUAUCCUUUCCAAAUAUAGUGAUAUCUUUGUGUCUUUAUUUCAAGUAAGUCAUUUUAACCAAAUGUUCAUUCAUAUUCAUUUAUAAGAAGUACCUGUAUCAAGGAAAUAAAAAAAAACACAAUCAGUAUUAUUGGACCAAAUCUGGUGUUUAUUUUAACCUUGAAUCUUUUUUUAUUAUUUCUAAUGCUACAGGAAUGCUGUUAAAGUGUCUCUUAAAAUGAUAUAGCCUGACAAGACAUUUUUGUCAGUGUUUAAAAUUUAGGUAGCAUUGUGCACUGAUUUGACCAUUGUGAAAUCCUUUCUCAGUGUAAGUGCAUUUCUAAUAAAAUUUAUUAAGUGAAACAAUCUUUGUACAAUGACUAAUCAUGCAUCAUCAGUAAACUUUAAAAGUUCUUGUAGUCAUUUGGAAGCUAUUAUUGGGGUUUUCUGUGGCAUGACUAUGCAUACUGUAGUAUUAUUUAAUUUGGGGCUGGGUUUUGCUUUUUUUUUAUACUUAGGCUAUCUUAAUGGUUCAUUUUUCUGAUAUAUGCAGUAUUACAGAUAUUCAGCAAAAGUAUUAAUGGGCUUCUUUAAAUACUCUAUUAUAGUGUUUCAGUUCUGUGUCUAACAGUUUGUGAUGAUUUUUAAAACUGUCCUUUAAACUUAUGUAAUAAUGUUGAUGCUUUUGGCUAUUUUUUUUCUGGUAUUAGAGUUUGUAUUUUCACAGAGUGCUUUGUAGCAGGCAUUACUAUUAAUCUGUUUUGUACAUAAAUGUGCCAACAGCUUGAUGGUGGCGUUUUUGAACUGUAGAACAAAGUGCUUGCAAAAUGUAAUAAAUACACUUGUGUACUUUGUGUACUUA